ACCGUGAGCGCACCAAUAACAGACGUCUCCACCUGCUGACGUUGACCGACGCAUCACCGUGUUUUGAGUUUCAGCAGCGUGUAUACAACCCAGGAAAGAUUGGUCCUGUUUGCAUGUAUAACGAUGGAAACCAGUGUCAGUUUGAUGAUCAUGUAUGAGGAUGAGUCGGUGGAUGUUCGUUACGGAAACGGAGCCCAGUUACAACUGUCCCCGUGUGGCUGUGAAUUCAUGCUGGUAAAACCCACAGACCCCUCCGGACAUCCUCUGCAGCCCACGGAGAGAGUCCGACAAAGAACAAGGUUCACCAUCAGCACUUACAAGGCAUUGAUGGUAGCUGCAUUGGCAUUUAGGAAUAAAUAUGCUAGUCGACCAUAUCUACCAGAGGAACUCAUCCCUGCUGACCACAAGAAGCCUUUUUUCAGCAUUGACUCAGACGUGCAGUGGCCUGAGUGGUCUUCCUGUGAUGUUGAGCUCGUACCUGGAGGCGAGACCACCAUUAGGUCGGAGGAGGGACGAGCUGCGUUGAUGCUGUCGCCCUCAGGUGAAGAAUUCUCCGUCAAGUUCACAUGCAGCCUCAGUCAGACUCAAAAUCAGCACCGCGGCAUGGAUGGUUUCAGAAGAGACUCUGACAGCAGCCCAGGCAGUCAGCAGGAGCAAGUAAGCAAUCUGAUCUGUCAGACCACCAAUGAUGAGACCAAAGAGGUUCAUCAGGGAAGAGGAAGCAGAAGAAAUGAGUCUAUUAGAUCAAGGUCUUGCUCUCCUCGGAUUACCAGCACUACUGAGCCAAAGCCAGAGGAGAUGUACCAAUCCACUGCAGUGGUCCAGCAUCACUCCUGCUGUGCUGUCGCCCCCAUCUGGUGCUACCCUCUCUCCUUGGCUCGCCAUCUCUGGAUGGCUCGUCUCUCUAAACCUAUUGAUGUCAGAGCCGAGGGGGCCAGCGAUCUCCCCCAGGCACACAGGAGAAUAAACAUGCCAGACAUAUCUAUUGUAGAAAGAAGGUCUCACCUUCCUCAGACGCUGCCUCUCACAUGUCCAUCACCUCACUGGCACAGGUGGAAGGUUAAAGACCCCCUGGCCAAAAAACAACAUUCAGACCAAGAUCUUCCAACAGAGCUGGUAAAAGUGAUGUGGUGUCAAGGAGUCACCUACAGGAUACUAAGUAUGGCUGUCUCCGUCAUAGAGGUUUCCCCAGGUGAUGGAUCAGUCAUCCGAUCUAAUGGUGUCCUUAACAAUUAUUUUACCCAUCACAAACCUGAGCUCCUGUCAGGGCGGGUGAAAGAGGUAACAUACCAUCUGGACAACCUUCCACCUGACGUACCCGGACAGCUGUACUCUAUAUGCUCUAUUCUGAGUCGUGCAAGCAGGAUUCUCACUUGCUACAACGAGGCCAAGCAGUCAAUGAAGCUCCCUGCCACACCCAGCUGCUUGCAAAAGGGCAGACAUUUUUCUAACCCAGCAAUGACUGAAGAAAAUGUGUCCAACCCUGUAUCUGAGCAGCAUGUGAAUGUCAAACAGGCAGUAGAAAGUCGGUCAGAUCUUGUAGCUGCAGAACUGGAGAAGAUAAAACGAUUUAACUUUCUGCUGGAGAACAGCCGCCUGCUAAGAAGUGAGAAAGGACGUGCAGAAAUGGAAGGUAGUUCUGCAGAAGAGGUGACUCGUGAACCAGUGAACGAAAACUGCAUCGCUGAAGCUCUUCAGAGAACAUCCAAAGCCAUACAGGACAUCGAUGCUCUCAUAUCUGCAGCCACACUGACUUAAAAGUGUCAUGAUUAAGAGAAAAGUUUAAGAAGAAGAAACCCAAACGUAUGAGCUUGACUGUUGGGACUUCAGAUAUAUGAUGCUGUUUUACUACUAAGUGUAGAGACUGAAAUAAAGAUUUGUCUUUAUGAUGAUGCUGGCACAUGGCUUUUAACUGUUUGAUUUGAAUUUACUAUAAAUUGUAGAAGGUUGUAUUUCACUACUGACUGCCAAAAGUACAAACUCUGGCAUUAUUUCAAAUGCAAACAACAUAUGAACAAAGUGUUUUCCUAGUUGCUAAUUAUCAUGUCUUUGUCACCACACAGUCCCUUCCAGUCAGAGAUAAGAACUUGAAUGGUGCAGAAUGACUUUUAACACCUUGAUUAUUCCUCCCUACACCCAUGACAAAUUAUUGUUUAUAAUUUACAAGGUGUGACUGAUAACAUAGGCCUCAGUAUGAAAUACACUUUCUAUUUCUGGGUUAAAAGUGUUAAUGUUGGUCACUCAAACAAGCUGUGGUCAUGUGUUCAACCAUCCAUAUUCCUCAGGUGCAAUAUUUAUAUCAGGGCAGUGUUGACAGCCCAAAAAGAGCUAGAAUCUUGUUAUAUUAUGCUUGAUUUUUUUAAUCAAAUGACUGCAGUGUAUGACUGAGU